AUGGCACCAAACGCGCAACCGUUCCGCUUCCUCCAUCUCUCCAAGGAACUCCGUCUCAUGGUGUACGAGCGGCUGCCUAUUACGACGCGCCACCUCGAAAUAAUCGGUUUUGAGCUCUUGGAUUUUGCCCCCGUUGUCAGAACGCUCCCAGUCGCCAUCCUGGCUACGUGCCGCCUGGUCAACAGCGAAGCAGGCGCGAUCCUCAAGCCGAAACUGGACUAUCUCCGGUCGACCCCUCCGCGAUUCGUCAUCAGCUCGGGCGUAUUUCCCGGCGAGGGGGAAAUGGCGUAUCGUACUCCCGAUCUGGGCAUCGACUGGGUCAGUUUUCUCCUCCGCCUACGGCCGGGACAGAUAGGAGACAUCAAAACGUGGACGGCGAACAAAGAGAAGUAUCACGCGCCGCGGUCUAUCGCGGACUCGUCGCCCUCAGACACGCGACGCCUGACUCAGUUCGUACGACACGCGCACCUUGUUUACGUGGAGCAGAGCGUUCCUGCAGAGAUUUGCAUCCACGGUUUCGAGUACGAAUGUGACGUGGAUGUGCGAGAUGUGUUUCCGGAGGAGGCGAGCGACUUUGUAGAAUUGUGGAAUUGGGGACCCAAUGUGCGUCUUUUUGCCGUCCAUCCCGAUGACGAUUUGACACGAGAAGUAUUGGAAGAGAGUCUCACGAAGGCUUUUGAGGAAGCCGAAGAGGGCAACCGACGGGAUGGAUUAAAACCCCCUGCGUGCCAGCUGGGUGGUCUCGUGGAUAGCCAGACGUGGUGGCUGGAAUGGGCCGAAGGCGAGAGGUACUGA